AUGGAUGAAGUCUCUUUGUUUUAUGCUAAACAUGACAUUUUGGUGCCCAAUAUGGAAGAACUCUAUAUUCCUGGAAAGUCGAAGCGUAGGCCUUCUAGUGUUACUUAUUCACAUCACUUACGUGUUGAGCUUUUUUAUACAGUUAUUUAUUUGCAACUUCAGGAGCUUAACAGUCAUUUUGAUGUUGUCAGUGGUAACUUGCUUCUUUGUAUGGCUAGCUUGAAUCCGGCUAAUUCGUUUGCUAAUUUUGAUAAGGAAAGAAUAAUGACAUUGGCCAGGUAUUAUCCAGAUGAGUUUGGUGAAUUGAAGCUUCGAGAUCUUAGUCACCAACUUGACACUUUCAUAUGGCACAUGAAACAUGGUGACCCUAGAUUCUCGGAUUCGAAAGGAAUUGGUGAUUUGGCAAAAGCGUUGGUUGAAGCAAAUCUUGUGGAGACAUAUUUACUAGUGAAGUUGACUCUAAUUUUACCUGUCGCGACUGCAACGGUAGAAAGAGCAUUCUCAUCCAUGAAGUACAUCAAGGAUGAAUUGCGUAGUAGUAUUGGUGAUGCAUUUUUAAAUGAUUGUUUAGUUUGUUACUUUGAAAAAGAAGUAUUUGCAAAUGUAAGCAAUGAUGUUAUUAUUGACCAUUUUCAGAGUAUGAGAACGCGUCGAGUUCAAGUAUAA